ACUUUACGAUAAAUGUUAUGAAGGAAUAGUUAUGUUUCCAAUUUUCCCUAUUCUUUUAAGAGUAUUGUGUAGCUCAUACAUUUUUACCAGGUUUCCCAACAGUGUUUCUACACAAAUUUUUUAGUACUACUAUAUUUAAAUAUAAUUAGCACAAUAUGCCUAAGAAAUCUUCGAAAAAAGAAAAAUAUUCCACUUCUGAAUCUGACAGCAGUGAUAGUUCAGAUAAUUCGGUAAAACUGUUGGAAAAAUUAACAAAAGAAAGGAUUAGACUUGCAGAGGAAAAGAAAAAGCGUAAAGAAUACAUUAAAUCAACCGAAACUCUAGAGGAAAAAAGAAUAAGACGUCUUUUGAAAAAACAACGCAAGGAAAGGUCUAGAAAGGAAAGAAUGGGAUGGGAUAAUGAAUAUUUACAUUAUACAAAUAGUGAUAAUCCAUUUGGAGAUGGUAAUUUGUUGUCCACUUUUGUGUGGCAAAAAAAACUAUCAAAAGAAGGGUUAAAAGGUGUUAGUCAGGAAGAAAUUGAAGAUAUAAACAGGAUGAAACAAGAAGAAAACAAACGAGAACUGGAGAAAGUGAAAAAAAGACGUUUAGAAAGGGAGUUAGAAAGACAAAAAAGAGAAGAAGAAACACAAAUGCUUCAAAGGAGCAAAGAAGCAGCACAAUUUGAAGAAUGGGAAAGACAAGAAGAUAAAUUCCAUUUAGAACAGGCUAGAUUGAGAUCUCAUAUAAGAAUUCAAGAUGGUAGAGCUAAGCCAAUAGAUUUAUUAGCCAAAUAUAUCAGUGCAGAGGAAGAGGUUGAUGCUGUAGAAAUGCAUGAGCCAUAUACUUAUCUAAAUGGACUGCAAAUAAAAGAUUUAGAGGAUUUAGUGGAAGAUAUAAAGGUUUAUAAAGAACUGGAAAGGGGAAAAAACUUGGAUUAUUGGAAUGAUAUUACAGUAAUAGUAGAAGAUGAAUUGCAAAAACUGAGAAAAUUAGAAAAGAACACUUUUGAUUCAGGAUUGAAUAGGAGAGAAGGUAUCCAUCAAUCUGUGGCCAAUGAUGUUACCUCAGUUUUUAAGGGGAAAACAGCUGCACAAUUAGCUGCACUGGAAAAAAAUAUUGAGAACAAAAUUAAUGGAAAAGCUGAUGGUAUUGAUAUUGGAUAUUGGGAAUCUCUAUUAUCACAAUUAAAAGCUCACAUGGCAAGAGCUCGAUUAAGGGAUAGGCAUCAAGAAAGCUUAAAAAGAAAACUUCAAGUAUUGAAAGCCGAACAGUCAAUUAGUACUAUUAAUUCUAAUGAAGCUCAAUCUAGUGAGAUUCAAAAUACAUCCACAUCAGAAGAUACCCAACCAGGACCAUCUCAAGAUAAUGAAAAAGGAGAUGGUGAUGUGGAGCAAAACCCAGAAGAUGUAGUAAAUACAUGGUUAAAUGAAUGUUUCCACGCUUAUCAAGCUGGUGGGUAUAGUCCCAAAUUUUUAACUCCCGAUGAAAUAGAACCUGGCACUAUUGUAGUUAUGGAAGAAGAUGAUAACAAACGAUUGGAAUUUGCUAGAUUACAGGUCGUUGGUAAGGGAAAAAAAGUGGAAAAUGUUAUUACCAAAGAAGAAUUGAUGCUCCAAAAAGAAGCUCGCAAAGGUAUGGAUGCGGAUGAAGCUCAGUUUUCAGUAGAACAAUCUUUAGAUAGUCAAGUAUACCUUUGGUCGGAUAAAUACCGUCCCAGAAAACCUAGGUACUUCAAUAGGGUACACACAGGUUUUGAAUGGAACAAAUAUAAUCAAACUCAUUACGACAUGGAUAAUCCACCACCGAAAAUUGUUCAAGGAUACAAAUUCAAUAUAUUUUAUCCAGAUCUAAUAACAAAAAAUACUACCCCGGAGUAUUACUUAUCCCCUUGUCCUGAUAAUAAAGAAUUUGCAAUCUUGAGGUUUCAUGCUGGUCCGCCAUAUGAGGACAUUGCUUUCAAAAUAGUCAACAGAGAAUGGGAAUAUUCUUAUAAGAGAGGUUUUAGAUGCCAGUUUCACAAUAAUAUUUUUCAGCUUUGGUUUCACUUCAAAAGGUACAGAUAUAGAAGAUAAAUCAUGUUAUUGUGUAUUUAUUUAUUUUAUAACUAAAUAUUUUUAUUAUGAAUAAAUAAUUAUAUA